CUCCCGGUCCGGCACGAUGCUGCCCCUGUCCUUACUGAAGACGGCGCAGAACCACCCCAUGCUGGUGGAGCUGAAGAACGGGGAGACGUACAACGGGCACCUGGUGAGCUGCGACAACUGGAUGAACAUCAACCUGCGGGAGGUCAUCUGCACAUCACGGGACGGGGACAAGUUCUGGAGGAUGCCAGAGUGCUACAUCCGUGGCAGCACCAUCAAAUACCUGCGGAUCCCCGACGAAAUCAUCGACAUGGUGAAGGAGGAGGUGGUGUCCAAGGGCAGAGGCCGUGGUGGGAUGCAGCAGCAGAAGCAGCAGAAGGGCCGUGGGGUUGGAGGAGCUGGACGAGGUGUUUUUGGUGGCCGUGGCCGAGGAAUUCCGGGCAGUGGAAGAGGCCAGCAGGAAAAAAAGCCAGGCAGGCAAUCAGCCAAGCAGUGAGGGCCAGGGACAGUUUGGGAUUUGUCACCUCAGGGUUGCCACGUGCCCAAAAACGUUCCCUUUUCCCCCUCUUCCAUCAGAGUCAGAGCCCAAAAUCAUCUUCCUUUGGAAGCCCCUCAUGCUUUAAUCUGGUGGAGUUUUCACUCUUUGUAGUCAGUAAAUCAUUGGAAAUACUUUUUAAAAAUUCGUUCAUGGUUAAGGACCGAGGGUCUGCCUUCUCCUGAGAGUGACUUUUUCAGGUUUACCAGGUUUAAUUUAAAAUAUUUUCCUGUUCGGAGGUACCAGAAUGAAGGCAAACACUUUCUGGAUUGCUUGGAUUUUUUUUUUUUUUUAAUACUUGAAACUUGGGAAACUUGUUUUGUUUGUAACAAAUGCGUUUUGGUUUAAAAACACUGAACU